AUGGCGACCAAUUUCGAAGGUAAAAUGUACUGCGACAAGGACCAAGAGUGGCAUCCCACUCCGCGGGGUGUCUGCCGCGGCCUCUCGCCGACCUCGCCUCCUCAUCGGGAGCCCGGUUCCUCAGAUUCCCGUUCUCCGAAACCUGGCAGUCGCGAGCUUAUCACGGCGUCGCACGCCUCGGUCGGUGGUCUCGCACUCCUCCUUAAGGUCAUUGUCUUCACGAUCCUUCUCUCGGAGAACUUGCGAGAGCAGGCGGUGGCGAAGCGAGCCAGAAGAUACGAGACAAUCCAGAAAUACUGCAAGACAAGCGAAGGCGACCAGCAAGUCUUCUGGGAUGGUUUCCAGUGGGUACGGAAGACCGACAGAGAAGGUCAACUGUUUUACGACCAGCAAAUGAACGCUACACGCCGCACGAGGCGCCUUCAUGUUGGCAAUCUACCUCUUCACUUAGAGGAGGCAUCGGAGGACGACUUCAAGCGGCACCUGUGGCACGUCAUGCGGUUGAAUAACGCCUGCAGUGAUACGGUCGCUUGCCCGAUUUUACACGUAUGGUUUGCCAGAGACCGCGGAGGCAACUACGGCUUCGUUGAAAUGGCCUCGGUGGAGGAAGCCCAUGCAGCUUUGCGUCUUGAUGGCAUGCUGUGGCAUGGCUCCCCCAUCAGAAUUAACAGGCCAACCGACUGGAAGAACACUAUCGCGGAAGACACCGUCCUGGGGGCUCUUGCUGGGGCCUCCGGCCUUGCUCUUGCAGAGAGCCUGGCAGCUGCCGCCCAACAAGCAGCUGCCACGGGGAACGACAUCGGUCUCAUCAGCCUCAUCUCCUCUCUUCCAGAAGGUCAACGGGAAGCUGCGCUCGACUUGGUUGCCAAGCACACAGAGGCACAACGGGCGAACCGCCUACCCGUUGACUUGAUUCAGAGCCAAAUUCAAGCAGACCUUCUUUGUGGACAACCUUCUCGCAUCGUUCACAUCUCAUGCCCAUCGAAAAUCGAGCGAGACGAGGAGUACGAUGAGGUAUUGAAUGACAUCCUAACCGAGUGCAAUAAGUACGGACACGCUCUUGCAGCCCUGAUAAUCCGGCCUAAACUCGAAGAAUAUCUUCCGUCCGCCACCGUUGGAGACGUUUAUCUCGAGUAUGCUUCGUGCAUCCAAGCGGACCAUAUUAUCAUGACGUUCUCCGGGCGAAUGUACGAUGGCAAACCUCUCCAGCUCCAGCGGUUCAACGAUCUUGCGUGGCGCCAGACGUUCCAGCAGCACGCAAAGAAGCUUCUCAGUCAAGUGUUCGAGAAAGCGCUGGAAGGCUGUCGACCGGCACCUGGCGCAUCGAUGCAAAACGUGGAACUCGUUGCCAGUGAAGCCUCCGGAGGGAACUCGGCGCAGAUCGCUGCUUGCACGGCUGGUGCUUCUGCCGCGCUUGCCUUGUUAAAUUGCGGCCCCCAAACCAUCUCACCUAGAAUCUCUACAGUUCCGUAUGGCCCGCAACCGCGGCCAGCCACUGAGCCCUCUCCUGAGGCACGCACUGAAGAGACUGGCGACCCCCCAAAAGAGCUACCCAGCGCCGAAGAUACAGCAGACCACGAGGACUGUGGGGUGCCUCUCGCUGGCAGCGUUGCUGCACGUUCCAGCGUCAGCACAACAUGCUCCCAGUGA